AUGCCUGGCAAUCAGAGCAAGCCCUCAGGCGACAAAGCUUCAAUCCAUCAAAAUGUGGCAUUUUACAAGUUGAGAUUAGAUAUGGCCACGUAUCGACCACCACCAGUCUCGAUACUCGAGAGAGUUGAAUCUACUCCUGCCAGUGCCAUAAAUACUGCUGCUACAGAAACAUCCAUUGCUACCAACGAUGCUACUUUAUCUCACUUGCCUCUGCUUCAACCUCGUACACUUCCAUUUCUUCAGCCACCGCUCCAAUCGCCCAAAUCCAAUGCCUUUCAAGCCAGACAGACAGCACUCUUGCUAUUAGCUAUUAUCCCAGAAGCACUAUUUGAUGCUCUCUUGAUCCCAUUGUACCCCUUUGUAGUCAAACAUCUUUUACCCGAUGAAUCGAAUAUUGGUCAAUACGUCGGACUAAUGGCUUCAUCAUUUUAUCUGCCUCUGUUUGUCAUGAACUUAGUUUGGGGUGGCAUAUCGGAUCGAUAUGGUCGUAAACCAGUUCUCAUCAUUGGACUUGUCGCUUGUCUUGUCACUACGUUGGGUAUAGGUCUCAGUCAGUCGUUUUGGCUGACCAUCACAUUUCGGUUCAUUGCAGGCGUAUUUGGAGCAAACUCCACCGUUGCCAAAGGAAUGUUGGGAGAUAUCUCUAGUGAUGAUGCAAGCAGAUCUACUGCCUAUGCUCUCUACGGAAGUAUUUACGGUAUCAGUGGAAUUGUAGGACCCAUUAUUGGUGGGAUUCUUGCUGAUCCUGCAACUGUGUACCCAGAUCUGUUUGGAAACAAUCACUUUCUAAAAGAGUUUCCCUUUAUUCUGCCUAGCUUGCUUGGUGCCGGUUUAACAUGUGUGAGUCUUUUGACGACCAUAGUAAUGCUGAAUGAACAAUAUGGUUCAAAACUCUCAUAUUCUACCGUGGAGACUACUGACGAUGCGACAGACUUGUACAAUAACAGAGUAAGCAUAGAUAGCAUUACAAACGAUUUGAGGUUGGACCAGCAAAAUGAUCACGCAGGCGCUGAUGUAAUCUUGCUAAAUGACUCUCUUGGUGUUACAAUCUCCGCUGGUGGGACAAUGCGUUUAGCUAGGAGAAAAAUGUCCAUGAUUGGAAUGCAUUCCGAGGCAUCUUUGAAGGGAUUGACACAUCAUCUUGAUGAUGAUUCCUAUAUGAGUGAUGGCCAUGCAUCGUCCAUCUCUGCAGCCUAUUUACCCGUCGACACAAGUGAGAUGUCUCAUCAUAGCAACGUACAUCAGCGAUCUGGAUCAACACGUCGACAUGACGACGAGACGAGUGACGAAAAUACGGACAAUACACAUUUCAUUUAUCCACCAUGUCAGCCUAUAUCUCAUCCAGAGCCCUUUGUUCUUCUCAGCAGAAAAACUCUAAGUCCUAUCAUACUGUAUUGUGCUAUUGCGCUGACAAAUAGUAUGUAUGUGACUAGUCUUCCUCUAUUUCUUUCUGCGCCGCGAUCAACUGCCAUUAUACAAUCUACACCCCAUCACAUCAAUGGAACCGGUGCAGGUCUCAACUCUCGCGAUACCUCGUUUUACCUCACUGCCAUUUACGCUGCAAAGCUAUCGACUCAACUCAUACUGUUUCAUCACAUUAAAAGAAUUUUUACAACAUGGGGAAAGUCUCGCGGAUCUUUUCUUGCUGCAAUGAUGCUCCUCAUUCCUGCACAGCUUUUGGUUCCAUUGGUAACAGUAUUUGUUCAGGGUCUAAAGGAGACUGAUCCAAUUCCGGCAUCGUUUUCUUUGGCGCUGAUUGGGAUUAUGGCCAUGUUUGGGUUGGCAGAAGCAACUGCAUACAUUAGUGUAAUUGUCAUGAUCACGGAAAGUGCAGCAGGAAGCGGAGCUUUGGGACUUGCUCAUGGUUUUGCUAGUACUAUGGCUGCAUGUAUGCGAACCGUUGGACCGUCCAUUAUUGGAUGGAUGUGGGAAGUUGGAGGUACUCCAUGGGUCGUGUUUAUUGGUAGUGCAUGUGUUGCUUUAUUCGGUGUUGUUGCUGCUUGGUUUGCAUAA